GAGACUGUUACCUCCUCACAGCAACCACAGUGAGUAGGAGGGCCGAGGUGAGACUCCCAGAACUUCGCUAGAGUGCAGGAAUAUGUCGGAGGAUCGAGCGGACUUUCACAGGGAGAACCCCGAGCUGAAUGAGCUGUCCGACCAGUCCCCUGUAGUGCAAAAGGCCAUCGAGAUCUUAAGGCAGAAAGCCCAAGCUGAGACUGGUCACUGGCCCCUCGGCUUAUCUGAUGACUUCUUACUGAGAUUCCUUAGGGCGAGGGAUUUCUGCAUAGAGCUGGCGUUUAAGCUCCUGAAAAACUAUCACAAAUGGAGAAAAGAAUGCCCUGAAAUUACUGCAGAUUUGCAACCUUCCUCUCUACUUAAUCUUUUCCGUUCUGGCUACCAUGGAGUCUUAAAGUCAAGGGAUGCUUACGGCAGCAGAGUUCUCAUUUACAGGAUUGAACAAUGGGACCCUAAAGAGUUCAGUGCCUAUGAAGUGUUUCGGGUGAGCCUUAUAACCUCUGAACUCUUAGUAAAGGAUGCUGAGACACAGAGGAAUGGUAUUAAGGCUAUAUUUGAUCUUCAGGGUUGGAGACUUGCACAUGCAUUUCAAAUCACCCCAACCAUUGCCAAAAGGAUCGCUGCUGUUAUGACAGAUUCUUUCCCUCUGAAGGUCCGUGGAAUACACCUUAUAAAUGAACCCUUGUUCUUCUAUCCUGUCUUUGCAUUGAUUAAGCCAUUUCUGCCUGAAAAAAUAAAACAACGGGUCCACUUGCAUGGAUGUAACUAUUUGUCGUCCCUUCACAAUCAUUUUUCUGGGAAUAUUCUUCCCCCAGAAUAUGGAGGGACAGGUCCACCAAUGGCUGAACUUAGUGAGGAAUGGGCGGAUUACAUCAUGAGCUCUGAAAACUAUCUUCUCAGUAUAUCUGAGACAAUAUAGCCCCAAGACAUGGAUUAUCUACAAUUGAUAAUGGGAAUCUGUGGAAAAAAUAUAUUUUUACAAUUUUAUGAAGAAACCCUUGAAAUUACAAGGCGUGUUGGAAAUUCAGCAUGUGAUCUAUAUUAUAUAGCAGCUGAGGUACUCAAUCAUUCCUUAAGUGUCUCUAGUUUCUUAUGAAGGAAUGUUGCUGGAGAACUCAAGUAACCAUGGGUGCUAUUCUAUAAAGAAUGGUUUACGUUUUUUAAAGCAAUACAUAAUACCACUUUUCAAGAUAAUUAACCCGUUUGCACCACUGUGCCAAGAUGUACUGUUUUACGUGCUGACUUUGUAGCAGCGGCAGGAGAUCAGACUCUAUUGAGCAGCGGUACACUGUUAUACAAGGAAUGUCCGAACAUCCGAACGUGAGAUCUGAUGCCCACCGAAAGUUCACUGGAGCACAGGAGAGACUCAACAAGGUCUUUCUAGACCCUGCAGAGAUUUCCAAUUGCUCCCCCUUCUGGCUAAUAUUGCACACACUUCAGAUCAGGAGAAGGGAAAAAAAAAUAUGAAAAAAUGAAAUAAAAAUUAUUGGGAGCCCAGUGAUGUCUGAGCCAAACUGCACUAGGAACAAACAAGAGUUUUUUUUUUAAAUGUCACUUAACCCUGCCACUACAAGUAAAAAAAAUAAAUAAAUAAAA